AUGACGACUGCGAUUCCACUCGCCAUUUCCAAACCCAGAGCCGGCUCUUACCCAUGGCAACAUGGGCAUUUGCCAUGGGUCUAUGGUAAAUUAAAUCCUAACCUUCUAUUUGCGCAACCUUCUUCUUUUCUUCAUUCACACAUACCAAAGCAAGAAAAUGGACCGUCACACGAAGUUGUUUUGCUUCUCCCCUUGGUCUCAACCUUCUCCAUAUUCCAAAUUUUAUUUGCUCAAGGCGCUCCAACGACUCUUAUUCCUGCAAUCAUAACCUUCGGUAAUUCUGUGGUUAAUGUCGGAAAAAACAACUAUCUUUCGGCACUUUUGAGAGCGGAAUACCCUACUUAUGGCCGUGAAUUUGCUAACCUCAAAUCCACCGCUCGUUUCUGCAAAGGCAAAUUAGUCACUGACAUUACCACUGAAACACUGGGCUUCAGUAAAUACUCACCAGCUAAAUUAUCCAAGUCCCGAAGCUUCAGGAAUGAAUCACAAGUGUACGCAAUUGGAGCAAGGAAGAUAGGUGUGACUCCUCUGCCUCAAACGGGAUGUCUUCCAGCUGCAAGAAACCUUUUCGGUUUCCAUGAAAAAGGUUGUGUUUCAAGACUCCACGCAGAUGCUCAGCAAUUCAACAAGAAGCUUUACGCAGACGUUUCAAAACUUCAGAAGCAAUACUCUGAUCUUAAGAUUGUUGUCUACGACAUCUUCAGCCCACUCUAUGAUCUUGUUCAGUCUCCUGCCAAAUCCGGAUUCUCGGAAGCAACAAAAGGAUGUUGUGGAACAAGAACAGUCAGAGACAAGUUCGAUUUUGUGCAGUCCAAAAUCUUACGGGACAUGCUACAAUGCUACUCAGUAACUCAGUGUGUGUUCUGGGACAAUGUUCAUCCCUUUGAAGCUGCCAAUGAGAUUCUUGCACCUGCUUUAAUUGGACAGGGCUUCUCUCUCCUCGGUUGAUCUCUUACGUAUUUGUCUUAAGUCUUACGUAUUUACUUCAAAAAAAUUGAUGAUU